AUGUAUUCAGCAGCAGAACCAAAGUCGAGGAGGGAAGAUAAUUUGGAAAUCAGUAAUCGCGUUUUAUACAGACAUGGUGCAAGAACUCCAAUAACACUUUAUAAAAACGACCCUUAUGCUUCAGAGAUCCAUAAAAUAUGGCCAGAAGGAUUAGGACAGCUGAAUGAUGAAGGCAUCCAACAGCAAUACCUCUUGGGCAAAUGGUUGCGUCAGCGUUACGAAAAUUUCAUCCGGCCACAAUACCACCUGCAAGACCUCCUGGUCCACUCUUCUGACGUUGACAGGUGCCUGAUGUCGGCCUCCGCGAACCUGGCAGGCUUCGCUGAGUCGGCGGUCUCAGGACUGCUGGCUGGAGACUACACUGCACUGAUGAGUUCAAAGAGCUCGAAACCGGUCUGUGGUUGUUUAGCGUGGCCUGGCUCAAUCGAAAUCAAUAGGCAUUCAGGAAAGAAUCACUCAGUAUUCGUUUAUACGAGCCUCUACGAUCGAUCGUGCCAAAUCGGGGCAACUUGGAGGCCGGCUCCAAUCCACACUGCACCGAGCAGUACCGACGCCGUCCUUGCUCUGUCCAAACCUUGCGCCAGGUACGACAGGCUCUAUGCUGAGCUGUUGAAGACCGAUCUGUUCGUGGACUUUUUCGAAAUGAACCGAGAGCUGUUCGACUAUUUGAGCGAGCAUGCCGGUGAAGAGGUCAGAGAUUUCACGAGGUUGACGCAGCUCAACGACGCUCUGAAUGUCCAGAGGUUUUACAAUCUGACUUUACCGGCAUGGACGGAGGAAGUUCAUCCUGAGAUGAUGGCAAAAGUGGUGGCGUUUCAUUGGAUCGCUACGACUUUCACUAAAGAAUUAGCUCGGCUACGUAUUGGUCCCCUCAUCGAUAAGAUAACCAAUCAUUUCGAGGCCAUAUCCAAUCGCAUUCCUGGCACCUCCAAAUUCCUCAUGCUGUCAGGUCAUGACACCACGUUAGCUUUCCUGCUGAAUUCCCUGGGUAUCUACGAUAUGGUUUCGCCAAAAUAUGCCGCCACUGUUAUCUUCGAGUUGAGGCAAAGCAACGACUUUCAGUACAUCAACAUUUUCUACAAAAACAGUACACGCUCUGACGAAGCUCAUGCUAAAACUUUGUAUGGAAGUGACUUUGACUGUCCUCUGGAGGAAUUCAGGAGAAUUGUGGCCCCGAUAAGAAUCAAUCAGGAGAGUUGGGACAAAGAAUGCAUAGGAAAACAACAGCACUACGCUCUGGGCAAAUGGCUACGUGCUCGCUACGAAGGCUUUCUUCCCACCGCCUACUACUACGAGGACAUUACCGUCCACUCGUCCAACGUGGACAGAUGCCUUAUGUCCGCCACAGCCAACUUGGCCGGGCUCUAUCCCCCAGAGGAGACGCAGGUAUGGAAUCCGUCAUUGUUAUGGCAACCGAUUCCCGUUCAUACCAAGCCGCAGAGCGACGACGCAGUCUUGGCGGCCCACAAAAGUUGUAGGAAAUACGAUAUGACAUAUGAUGGGACCAUGUUCAGCGAGCAUUUCCAAGAGAUUUUCAAAAAAAAUAGUGAACUUUUCGAGUAUUUGAGUGUGAAUUCGGGAAACAACAUAAGCGAUUUCAACAGCUACACCAAUUUGUGGAACACUCUGUAUAUCGAGGCGUUGUACAAUCUGACUCUACCCGAAUGGACCAAAGACGUUUUUCCAGAUAAAAUGAGGGCACUGGCUUAUGAGUCUUGGCGAUCAUUCACGUACACCACUGAGAUGGCCUUAUUCAAAUCUGGUCCUUUGAUAGACCAGAUCACAACCCAUUUCGAGUACAUUGUUGCCAACACCACGUCUUCUCCGAAACUCCUAAUGCUAUCUGCUCAUGACAGCACCAUCGCUUUUCUCCUCAAUUCUCUCAACCUUUUUGAAGACCAUUGGCCUGAGUAUGCCUCAGCCGUCAUUUUGGAAUUGAGGAAGGCUGAAGGACACCAGUAUGUCAAUAUUUUGUACAAGAACGAGACCUACAGCGAUGAGGUUGUUAAAAUGACUCUGGACGGGUGUCAUUUUGACUGUGAACUGGAUCAGUUCCGUGAAAUCGUCAGGCCAAUCAGAAUAAAUUUGAUAGACUGGGAGGUUGCCUGCAGUGUUAUACCAUAGAUAGAUGAAAAUAAAAGACAAAAAAACAUCAGUGUGAAAUUUUUAGCGAACCUGGUGGUGCACUAGUUUUGCACUGGCACUACGUUGGUUUUCUCCAAAAUAUGUGAGCAUCUUCAGGAGAAGAUUAAAACCAAAUAUUCUAUUCUAUUGAGCUACUUUUAUACUGGGUAUAUGUCCACACAACCGUGAAAGACACUAAAUGCCAAGUUAAUGUUUGUCAUGAUGGUUGAUUUCACAUGUUCACAUCAAUCUUAUAUCACUAAACUAUACAGGGAGCUAUAUGGAAUAGGUUGGGUGGACUAUGCCUAGUAUAUAAGUAGCACAAUAGAAUGAAAUAUUCAGUUUUAAACUUCUCCUGAAGAUGCUAACAUAGUUCGAGGCGUAUAAAAAAUCGGUUUGGUUAGUGUUAAAACAGUGUAUUAGUGUAUUAUCGUGCCAAAGGUUCCAGUCUUUGAUAUACGAAAUAUUAUGCUGAUUGAAUUAUACUCAGUGGUUAGAUCAGUCAAGUUGGUUUGUUUCUGUAUAUAACUUGUUGAAUUUAUAUCAAAUUCGUCUUUCUGAAAGUGAACAAAUAUUAUCGAUGAUACUUAUGGAAUAGCAUUUCAACUGAAUUAUGUACAUUAUCAAUACCAAAGAGUGAGUACAGUGACAGCGAAAUUCCUUUCAAAUUAACAAGUAGGUAGUAUUUUCAGAGUGGCAUAUUCAUUAGGUAUUACUUAAUGAUUAGAUUGUCACUAACAAUUUGCCUUUUGAACUAUUCAUUUUAUUCAAUGAUUCUGCCAUUUUCAGAACUGCAAUGAGCUCGUGCGAGAAUUGUUGAACUGAGUUCUGAACUAUAUGUGCAUCAGUUUUCCAAUGGAAUUCAAAACCUGAAUGCUAAAUAUGCACUCAGUGCGAGCCAGUUCUACCAAUGGAAUUAACUAUUAGUAUUAUUAGUAUGCCUGGAAAUUAUCAAGUUGAGUCUGAGAACUGUCAACAACUAUAUUUUUUUUUUCAUUCCUUCAUUAUAUGUCUCGAAUGAAGUCUGAUUGUUAUGGCAUUAUGUUAUGUAGUUUUAUUUGAGAGAGAAAAAUCAUCUGCUCCGACGCGAAUCAUGUAUUACAAAUUAUCCGUGACGAAUUCUUCAUAUUUUCUGAAGCAAAUAUUUGCUUUUGGCUUCAUUCUCUGCGCAGUAAACAUCGAC